AUGGGGUCAGAGAGCUUGGUGACCUUCUGGCAGUCAAUCAUUGGUGACCGGGGCAUGCAGGACCAGCUGAGGACCGCCAUGGGGGUGCCAGACGUGGAGGAGAGAGCCUUGGCACUCCUCUCCCGUACCCUCUUCCUGCUUGUCAUGGAGAUCAAAUUUGAGCGAGACGAGGCGCAGAGGAAGACGGGAAGCAUUGAGGAGGUGUUGGGCAGCUGUGACUCCUGCUGGGGAAGAUGGUGGCCGAGGGACUGGCAGGCAACACUAGUGACGCAACACUACAAGAUCUCAAGGCUAAAGAUGGAGAAAGAUCACCUCACAAGGACACCAGGAACCAUGGACAUAGUAGGCAAUAACUCUAUGAAUGGUGAAUUAGAAGGCACAGAAGAGGCUUUCGUUACACAGAGACAAUAUGUGCCAGAGUCAGUGUUCAUAGAUGAGUUUAAAGCACAAGACAUGACGGAUAUUUUUGAAGACUGUUACGAAGAUGUCACCUCAUGCACACAGACUGGUGCUUUCAUCCCUGCGACUGAGUGCUGGGAUGGUGACAAGGCCUCAGAUAAUGUGAAGGAUAAAGACAACAAACAAGGGCACACUUACUCGGGAAGUUUGAGUAGAGGGUACAAGCGAAAUGAAAGUAACACGCGUCACUCAAAAUACAAGGAAAAGUGUGAGGAAAAUGAGGCUUCACCAGGAAAACGAAUGGAGAGGUGUAAGGAAAACGAGCAGCCUGCAGGAAAACACACAGAAAUGUAUGAGGAAAACAAAGACAGCCAUGCACAGUCGGCCAAACAUGAUGAGGAAAAUUAUAAGAGAAAACACAAAAUAAAAACAGAUGAAGAGAAAAAUCUUGGUGCACAGGGGAGAGAGAAAGGAAAGGUGACACAGAUGCUUGGUGAUGUGUACACAGAAGAUGUCAUGGUGGUGAGUGACAUUGCCUUCAGCUCACCAAGAAAAGAAUGCUUGUUUAAAUCACCAGGUAAAAAUGGUGCUUUUGUGUCACCAGGCAAGGAAGGGAGCACUUCACCAAGCAAGACACCAAAGAAAACGGACAUCAGCACUCCAGAGGGCAGCCCAGUGCUUGGUAAGACUGGAAGAGGCAGCCGACAGAAGCACCAAUCGCGCAGCACCACUGGGGUCACCAAGCACCAGUCACCAGGCACCCCAGCACCCCAGACCAGCACUCCAGAGGAAGAAACAGGAGAAGGAAUAGAAAGAGGAAAAGGAGGAAAAACAAGCACAGGAGGAGGAAAAAGAACUCUAUCAAGAACAAACACCACCACCACCACCACCUCCUCCUCCUCCUCCUCCUCUGUACCAACACGUAAACUGUCCUUGAGAAGACACCACACCACUGACAGUCGGCAGGUGGAGAGGACAGGUGGAACAGGUGGACUUAGACACCCCCAGCUCCACGUGACACCCCCAGACCCCCACAGGAAGCCAGAGUACCGCCAAACUACAGUGGACGAUUUUCUCAGCUCAAAGAAAACGGGAGGUGUGAAGGGAGGGGAAGUAAGGAGAGUGUUCCUUGACGAUGAUGAGGCCUUCAGAAUAGCGGUGAAGGAAUCUCUGCAGCUGAAGGCUCUGACGGACAUGGGAAGACAGCUCGACCAGGAGGAGAUGAAGGAGGGGGAGGGAAAGGAGGAACCAUCGCAAGGCCUCACACACACUUGGGCACCAAACGAGAGUCCUGUAAAGCUGCCCAACCUCCGCCCAGCCCACGCCAGCCCCACACCAGCCCCGACAACACCCAGAACUGCAAAGGAAGGAAGGAAAGCAAGGCAGAGUGUUAAGAGGAAGAUAAUUCAUGAUAAAGAGGAAGGAUUGGAGGAAGAGGUUGCAGGGGUGUCUAAGAGGAAGAAGGAGGAGGAGGAGGAGGAAGAGGAGGAGGAGGAGGAAGAGGUGUCCUUCGUCUCCGCUCUAGAGAAAGUGGAGGAAAAUGUCUCGCCGAGUAAAGACGGAGGGAGGAAAAUUAGAAGACCGUUUUAUGACAGUUUCGACACUCUCCCGCAGAAGGAGGCGGUGAAGUUUGCCCACCAGGGGGAGGUCGUGAGAGGGAGGGGCGCCAGGAAGCAGUUAGAGGGGUGGUCGUGUAAACAGUGCCGAGAGUUUUAUGAGAAAGCGGGCAACUCGACGCAAGAAGUAAAGGAAUUAAUGAACAAGUGCUCUCGUCACCGCAGUAAAUACAAACCACUAUCAAACACCCCUGAGGGAUUCUGGAACCCUUUCUUUGAUCCCUGAGCCUCCCUGGGUGUGUGUGUGUGUGUGUGUGUGUGUGUGUGUGUGUGUGUGUGUGUGUGUGUGUGUGUGUGUGUGUGUGUGUGUGUGUGUGUGUGUGUGUGUGUG